AUGGCUAAUGCUCUUCACCCUCUCCACAUCCAUGGUAUCACCGUCGAUUUCAGCAAGUUGAAAACGAAUGUAGAGUCUGCUGAAGUACGGAUUGGCAAAUUCAAUUCGCCAAUUAAACGUGAAGAAGGGAAGAGUUUAUGCGAGACGUUUUCUCCACCCAUAAUGUUUUCUCGCGGGAAUAUAUUUUCCUUACGUAUGCAGUACAAGGGACGUUUUGUGAUGAAGACCAAAGACAUUACUUUCGACCCAAAUGAUACUUUCCUGGUAUCUAGUGGACAAGAAUACAUCAAGUGGUAUAAAAAAAUCCGGGUCGUCGUCGAUCUUUCUGGUGAUACUUCAACUAAAGCUGUCUCUUCUGGCCAAAGCUCUGGGCUCCUGCCUACCACUGCCGACAUAUUUGAGAGCUGUCCUCGGUUCCGAAUUCUGGUAAUAGGAAAGACAGGUGUUGGCAAGUCAUCCCUGAUCGACCACGUAUUUGGAGUAGGCGAACAACAAAUCAUCGAGCACAAUAAGCCAGGCGAGGCUAUCAUCAACAAGGAGUUCACCUCACCUGAGAACGACAGGUUCGUUCUCCACGAUAGCAAAGGUUUCGAACCAGGGGAAGUAGAAAACCUCACAAUAGUCCAAAAAAUUAUCGAACGUCGGAGGAACAUGCCGGAUUUGAAAGAUCAGCUGCAUGCUGUUUGGCUUUGCUUUCAGAUACCCCGUGCAGGCAGAUGUUUACUAGAGACGGGAACGGAGGAGUUCCUGGAAUUGAAACGUAAUGGAACGCUGGGAAACGUUCCCAUUAUCGUCGUCCUUACUAAAUACGAUAUGCUCAUCGAACACGUGGAGCGAAAUCUAGAUGAAGCUUCUCUCGAUGAAUCGAGCGAUGAAGCUUUCGAAGAACUCGUCAAGAGCACAGCAAAAGCAGAGGUGCAGGAUACCUGCAUCGGACCUCUAGAGGAAUUUUCAGGGUCUGAUAUCCCCCACGCCACGAUCUCCACCGCCAAAGGCUACGAGGAGACACUCACCCAUCUGAUUGAAAUAACUGAAAGUUGUGUGAAUCAGCAUCUUGCGCCCGAGGCCGCGGUGAUGACCUCCGUCGCUCAGCGAGUGCAUCCUGGACUCAAAAUAGAUGCAUUAAUUAAGAUUGGCAAGCAAAGAUACUGGAAGGCGCUCACAUCAUGUCCAAUGUUCAAGAAACACCAGAUGCAGGAUUGUCUACGUGUGCUUCAUAAUGACAUCAUCGAGGUGUGGAACUUCCGUGACUCUCAUCAUUACUUGCGCAGCCAAGAGUUCAGGGAUUUGAUGAUGAAAAUGGCCGAUAAGACACAAGCUGGAUCUACAGCUAAUCCCAACACGACCUUGAAAUUUGGGUUAUCCAUGGUUGGCACUAUUGCGGGCAUCGUGUCCGCAUUAGCGGGACCUGCAGCUCCCAUCGUAGUACCAAUCGCAGCAGGCGCCGUGGUCGUCGUAUGGGUUCGCGAAGUAUACAAGAUGUCCCACGUGGUGCUUCAGCGCUUCAUGGCAUACAUCAUGCACUUGACACUUGUGUUGCAGACACUUUUUAUCGUGUCAGAAAGCCAGGAACUCACUCGUAGGGCCAUCAAGCUUGCAGUCAAAUCCUACGUCGCCUCCUCAAUAAGCGAAGAGGUUCUUACUCGGAUUCAGGAUUAUGUUGGGGGAUUGGCUGUCUUGGAACACGCGGAUAAGGAUACCUUGGAUAAAAUCGAAGAGAUGAUGCAAUUUUACAAGAUCGAUGGAGCACAAAUCACCGAACUUGCAGCACAAAUGUCCAACCUUCAGACAAAUAUUUAUUUGUUACCAGACGAACCAUGGUAAAUCGAGAAGUCGUAGCACUCGAUUGUUUCUUUCUUGGAUGGUUUUGGGCGUGGGCGGUGUUUGAGUGUUGACGCGAUUACAGACAGUGCUCGCUUGUACUAUACAACUGGAUUUA